AUGUCCAUGUCCUAUAACGCUUCGCCGUCUACGAUGCGCACGCAACAAUCGGGGCAGGCAGGCGCAGAAUAUAUGAGGCCACACGAGGCAGUUGCCUCGUUGUUGGACCUCAAGUCUGGAGGAGACUUUCUACGAAGCCCUCCUGACCAUAUGAUAGAUGUGAAACGGCUAGAAGAUGUCACCGUUCAUACAGAUCGAGUCGCGGAGCUUUUCAACAGGUUCUUCACAUACUAUCACCCUUUCCUACCCUUGCUUGAGACCCAGAAAUCCUCAGACGAGUACUACGAUACCUCUCCACUCCUCUUCUGGACCAUUCUUGCCGUUGGCUCUCGUCGAUAUCAAACAGAUCCCUCUCUCCUCAACGCCUUGUCCGGCCCGGUGUUGCGAUUAGUAUGGAGCACACUCGCUGACGUCCCACAAAGCUAUCAUGUUGUCAAAGCUUUAGCUUUGCUUUGCACCUGGCCUUUCCCAACUAGCAGUACAUCCACAGACCCUACUUUCAUGCUCUGUGGUAUGAUGCAGCAAAUAGCAAUGCAAAUUGGCCUCCAUAGGCCUUCCCAUGCGCAAGAUUUCUCAAAAUAUAGAGUCGAGUUGAGAGAGGGGGAGUUAAAGGAUAGGGUUAGAACGUGGGCGUUUUGCAACAUCGUUGCUCAGCGAGUCGCAACUGGAUAUGGCCAGCCGUCAUCGACAUUAUUCGAUUGCACACUGUCUUCUACAGAGGCAGAUCUCAGGCUACCGCCUGAAGUCAAAGUGCGGCUACAGAUCGAAAAAUUCUGUGCGAAGAUAUCGCAGACGUUAUAUAGUAACCGUCGGGACCCUGUGGGCGUAUUAAGUGACGAGGAACGGUAUAUCAUGGCAGCAGUACUGUCCAGAGACUUUGACGACCUAGAGGCUCAGGUUAAAACAGAGACAAACUCCAUCACAAACGUCUACCUCCGUGCUGCCGGACUCCAUCUCCAUCUUUCUAUUUUCUUCGACAAUCCAACCACAAAGGACUACCGUCAAGGCCUAUCAGCCCUAUUCCUCGCAACAACUGGGUUCCUUGAGGCUGCCUUGGGUCUUGAAACGCCCACCGGCCCCGUCUUAUCCUACUGUUCCAACUACGUCUAUCAAAUGACCCUCGCCGCAGGCUUCAGCCUUUUCAAGCUAUGCAAUAGCUUUUUUGCCGUCCACAUCGACAUGAACUACACCAAAUCGUUGUUUACUCGUACUAUAUAUGCACUCCGCAACAUGUCUGUCACUAACAAUGACCUACCACAGCGGCUGGCAGAGGUUCUAGCGCAAAUGUGGCGGAUGAAUGGCAUUGGCAGUCGAAAUCAUCAAAUCCAGCGGCAGCAAGGGAAUAUUGGCCCAUCGGAAACUGGAGACUCGUUGAUGCUAAAAGUGCGUUGCCGCAUGAGCAUGUCACUUGUUUUCGACUCCGUUUGGCGAUGGCGAGAGGAUUUCCAGGCUAGAGGGAAGAAUUUUGAAGCAUACCUCAAAAACCCAACAAACCCAGACUCCGGUGCUGACUCCUCAGCGUCCUGCUCCUCUACCGCUCCCAUACGCACCUCCACAUCUACUCCAGCGCCCGGACUGGAGGGCCUCAGCACAGGGCCGGCCGCUGAUCCCACUCUCACCACGCCCGCCAUAACAGCUGGACCUAUAACAGCCAACCUUGGCUCUUCGACAGCUACCACGAUAAGUGGUUUCAACUCGUCGUCUCUUCCCAGCGGCUUCCUGGAACAAAACUACGAGGUAUUCGACCCGCUAAAUUGGAUGCUUGACGGGCUUGUGGAGUUUCCCUACGCCAUUCAGGGGUUAGAAGUGUAA